AUGGCAUCAAAGGACACCAAGAAAAUGAAAUCUGUGAAGGGGACCAAAGUGAAUCUUCUUGUUCCUAAAAGUGUUUUGGGUUCUAGUUCUAAGAGGAAUGCUACCAAUUUUAAAAGUGGAGAGAUGGUAUAUGAUAGUGAAGAGCUGGAUAGCUCUGAUCCCGAUGAUAGUGACAAGGAUGACAAACAACCAAAGCCAAAGUAUGAGAAGUUCAGAAGUGAGUUGGUCAACAAGGACUUUCAAUUCAAAUUAGGUAUGGAAUUCAAAUCUCUUUCUGAAUUUAAAGAUGCAAUUAGAGACUGGUCAAUUUUAAAUGGGAGAGAGAUAACUUUUGUAAAAAAUGAGAGCUAUAGGGUUAGGGUGGAGUGCAAGGGUAAAUGUGGGUUUUUAGCAUUAUGUAGCAAAGUGGGGGACAGACACACUUACCAAAUAAAAACUUGGGUGGGGACACACACAUGUGCUAGGGUAUUAAAUAACAAAACCGCCAAUUCCAAGUGGGUCUCUAAGCUAGUUGUUGAGAAAAGAAAAUCACAAGGUAAAGUUAAAGUUUCAGAAAUUAUGACAGAGCUUAGGAAAAAAUACUCAGUAGGCAUAACCAAAGGGAAGGCUUGGAGGGCUAGAUCCAUGGCUGAGCAGAUUAUUGAAGGAGAUGCAAGGGAACAAUUUAACAAGUUAUGGAGUUAUGCAGCUGAGCUGAAGAAACAUUCAGCUGGAAAUACUGUAAAGAUUGAUACUGAGAGGCCAGUUCCAACCCUACCUCCUAGAUUUGGUAGAUUUUAUUUCUGCUUUGAUGGUUGUAAGAAAGGGUUCACAAAGGCAUGUAGACCAUUCAUUGGAGUGGAUGGGUGUCACCUUAAGACACAGUAUGGGGGGCAGUUAUUAGUGGCUGUGGCAAGGGAUCCAAAUGACCAAUACUAUCCUUUGGCAUUUGGUGUAGUAGAGACUGAAACAAAGGAAAGUUGGAAAUGGUUUAUGCAGCUACUUAUGGAAGACAUUGGGAUUGAAAGAAAGUAUGUCUUUAUAUCAGACCAACAAAAGGGUCUUGUAAGUGUCUUUGAGGAGAUGUUUGAGCAAAUUGAACAUAGAAUUUGUCUAAGGCAUUUAUAUGCAAAUUUCAAGAAGAAGUUUGGUGGUGGAGCUGCUAUCAGGGACCUACUCAUGGGAGCUGCCAAAGCUACAUACAUUCAGGCAUGGGAGAAAAAGAUGAAUGAGCUCAAGGCAUUGGAUAAGAAGGCAUGGGAGUGGUUGAUGGGAGUACCUACAAAGUUAUGGUGUAAGCAUUCCUUUAGCUUUUACCCUAAGUGUGAUGUUCUGAUGAAUAACUUAAGUGAAUCAUUUAAUAGUACAAUUUUACAAGCUAGGGAUAAACCAAUUCUUACAAUGGUAGAAUGGAUUAGGAACUAUUUAAUGGGUAGGAUUGCCAAUAGCCUGGUUAAGCUUGACAAGUGGAAACAUAAUGUUAUGCCUAAUCCUAGGAAAAGAUUAGAUAAGGAAACUUUGAUGAGUGGAGAAUGGCUGCCAACAUGGAGCAUGGGUGAUUUAUGGCAGGUGCACCAUCCAUAUAAUGGGCUACAAUUUGUUGUUAAUCUUGGGGAAAAAAGUUGUACAUGUGGAUUUUGGGACCUUGUGGGCAUCCCUUGCAGACAUGCAGUGUCUGCAAUUCAAUAUCAGAAUUUGAAUCCUGAAACAUAUGUUGAUCCUUGUUACAUGAGAGAGACUUACAAAUGUUGCUAUGAAAACAAUGUCAGUCCAAUUAAUGGUAUGGACAUGUGGCCGGAUGUGGAUGUUGAGAACAUGGAACCACCUCAAUAUAAGAAGGGUCCUGGCAGACCUAAGAAGUUAAGGAUUAGAGAGCAAGAUGAAAAUGGAUCAAGGAUGAGGAGAAUUGGUUUGAGUUAUAGAUGCACCAAGUGUGACAAAUUUGGACAUAACUCAAGGAAGUGUAAGAGCACUGAACAAGAUCCCAAUGCCUUGAAGAGAAAGAGAAAGACACCAAGGAGCAAAGCUUCUACAUCUGCUGCACAAGCUGGAGUUGAACCUGAAUGUGACCCUGAAUUAGACCCUGAAUUAGAGACAAUGCUUGAUGACAUGAUGCAGGCUUUUGAAGAACAACAAUCACAGGUUGUGAAUCCAACCCCUGCAUCACCUGUUCAAGUUGCAGCAGUGAAUCCAACCCCUGCAUCACCUGUUCAAGCUGCAGAAGUGAAUCCAUCCCCUGCAUCACCUGUUCAAACUGCAACAGUUAAUCCAGUCCAUGCAUCACAUGUUCAAAUUGAAACAACAACCAUAGCAGCUGAUCAGCCUGAGUCUAAUGUAUCUGUUGCAAAAAAAAACCAAGAAAAAGGGACCUGUUGGCAAGCCUAA